AGAGGAGGGCUGUGGACGCUGGCUGCAGCAUCACAUCCUGUCUGACUGGACUGGUGUAAACUGGGCGGAGAGAGAGCAGAGCAGAGCCAAACUGGAGUUUGACUCCUAAAAGUUGCUCAAGUUGGAUUUUUUAAAGCAGAAAAAAUCGGCAGGACUGUCCGUGGGGAUGAGCCAUGCUUCACCGGAUUAUUUGUGCAUUUUCCACGUGAUGUUUUUUGUAUUUUUCUCCGGAGAAACUUUUGCUGAACGAUGUUUUCGCUGCUUUUUGGAGCUUUUAUGCAUCUGAAGUAUAUGUUUUUACAUGCCAUCUUUUCCCAUUUCUCUGCUUCCAAUAUUUAUAUCCAAGAUGGUAAUUAACAUAAUGUUGCAUUCCUGUUAAUUUCCACACGUGAAGGACAACACGGAGUCCAGAUUGCCCCCCAAACGCAGAUUUUGGCACUUUAUGAAUGCAGCUGUAAUCACCAGGGGAGCCUCGAGAGCUUAAAUGGGUCCAUCACCAGAAAGAGACAAUCAGGCUCCUUUAUGUCUCAAGAUCAGCAGCAGUUUCUGCACAUUGUCUCUUAUGAAUAGACCGAUCUCCAGUUGAGCCUCUCCACUUUGGAGAUUUUUCGAUUUUCGAUUAUACAGCUAUUGAAAUUAGGACGCACCGCUUGUUCCCUCCCUCGGCUUGGUGGCACGGCUGCCUUCUUUUGAUUGACAGGUGAAAUUGACACUCGGGUUGCCUCUUAUCAAGCGAAGCAUUUCAAUCCGCCGCUAAUUGCAGAUGUGGUGCCAUCCUUUUCUUUUCACCGCGUGUGAUUGCAAGCAGCCUUCCGUUGCGCACAAGAGCAACGAUCGAUCACGUCUGGUUUUUCCUCUCUCUCUCUCCUCUUUCUUCUAAUUGCAUCAAAAUUUCUUUUGUUGCCAGGGUUUAAAUGCAGGAGAAACUGUAACUCGUUGUUUUUGGGCCGGAUAUAGCGAGGGCUGCGCGGGGGCAGAGAUGCGUAAUGCGCAGAGAGAAGUGGAGCUCCUCUCCGAGUAGGCAGCGUUCCGCACCCGAAAAUGUCUGAGCCGGAGGUGAAGAAGGAGUCCGGGGAGUCCAGCCCGCCGGAGGCCGCCUGCCUCUGCUCUCCUCCGGCCGCCAACCAGUGCGCCAGCUGCGGCAUGGAGAUCCAGGACCGGUACCUGCUGAAGGUCAACAACCUGAACUGGCAUCUGGGCUGUUUGGAGUGUUCCGUCUGCAGAGCGUCUCUGCGCCAACACAGCAGCUGCUACGUGAAAAACAAAGAAAUUUACUGCAAAGUGGAUUAUUUCAGGUUUGGCACCAAAUGUGCCCAGUGUGGCCGGCAGGUGUACGCCAGCGACUGGGUGAGACGGGCUCGAGGCAGCGUGUACCACCUGGCCUGCUUCGCCUGCUACUCCUGCAAGAGGCAGCUGUCCACCGGGGAGGAGUUUGGCCUGGUGGAGGGCAGGGUGCUGUGCAGGAGCCACUACGACAUCAUGCUGGAAAACCUCCGCAGGGCUGCAGAGAACGGUACGGGUCUGACUCUGGAGGGAGCGCUUCCCUCUGAUCAGGACUGUCAACCAAAACCAGCCAAGAGGGCACGGACUUCCUUCACAGCUGAGCAGCUGCAGGUCAUGCAGACUCAGUUUGCUCAGGACAACAACCCAGACGCGCAGACGCUGCAGAAGCUGGCAGAAAUGACGGGACUGAGCAGAAGAGUCAUACAGGUCUGGUUCCAGAACUGCCGAGCUCGACACAAAAAACAGCCGCAUCAGGGAGCGUUUCCUCAGAGCGCUCCCAUGUCCAGGAUGCCUCCGUCGCUCCCAGAAGACAUCCACUACUCAUCGUUCAGCAGCCCGGACCGACCGCACCUCCUCACCCUGCACGGAUACCUGGACGCUCAUCCCUUCUCCGUCCUCACUGCUCCGGGCCACCUGACCCAUCCGUCCAUCUCUUUACCACAACUUCCCAUCAGCCGCUGAUCGCUGCUUUCAUGGUUUUGUGGGAGAAAAACAAAAAUCCUGUCCGGCGUCCUGUGGCCAGCAUGCUGCUUCCUGGGAGACGCGGCAUCAGGACCUGAUGGGUUUUUACUCGCUGCUGUGAGACUGUUGAGCUGAUCUGAUGCCUUCCAGCAAACACAGGCGUUGGUAUUUUUUAAGCAGGAGAAAACACAAAUUUUUGUUUCAUUUUCAUCUUUUUCUUCACAGGAAUUAAGUCGUCACCAUCAGCAUCUCACUUGGUGCAACAUAAGAUUUCAGGAAGACAGACCUCAGAUUUUUUUCUUUAUUUCACUCGGAGUCGAGCACAUUUGCAGCUUUACUGUUGUUUGUUGUUGUAUUGUUGUCAAAAAUGGAAACUCUUAUUUAUUCGGAGCAGAAACUCUCUUCAAACAGCACUUUUAAAUGUGUCUUCAAAUGGAAAACAAUCAGUGAUUGUACAUUGUAAAUAUAGUUUAAUAAAAAGUAUGAGAGCUGUUA